GAGCCAAGCAGUUGGAGCAGGAGAUACAAAACCUCAACCAGCGGCUCGCGGUGGAGUUCCGCCUCGCGGAAUCCCUGAAGAACUCCGCAGUGCGAGAAGAAGACCAUCAUCAGAUGCUGAGGCUCCAAGACGGAAGCUACCUCCGUAAGAUCAAGAAGCUCGGCCGGCCGUGGGGGAGCCUGGUCAUGCAGGUUUCGACGCCGAUGGUGGCCGAGAACGCCGUGACCGUCGAGGAGGUUUUGAGCGGCAUGGCUUCGUGCAAGAGGGAGGAAGUGUGCAAGUACCUGGAGGAAUCGAUGCCGUUGCAAGACGUGAGCCCGCACCGAUCGGGGGAGAUCAGGGGGAAGAAAGUGGCGGAGGGAUCGGAGGAUGACUUCAUGGAGGCUCUGCUUCUGAGCGCGAUUGAUAAGAUGGAAAGUUUGGCGGUGGAAGGGCUUCGGAUACAGAUGGGAACCGGCGGCGGCGGUAACGAGGUAGCCGAGGAGGAGAAUCCGGAGAAGGCGGCGAUGGCGAACGAGGACCGCGUUGUUCUAGUGGUGCUGAUUCAGAUCAGGGAUCCGAAGGAGAGCUAUGAGGCGGUGGGAGAGCUCAUGAUCGGACUGAUCGAGUCAGAUGCCGGAGAGGCCGCGGCCGGGAAAAAACUUGAAUUGCAGGGGAUACACAUUGCCGGGAUGAAGUGCACGACGGCGGCGGUCGCCGAUGGCAGAGACUACAUCUGGAGCACGUCGAUUAAAGGUUGCAAAGGACUGCACAAAAGCUGCUGCUUGCAUCUCGUCAGAAAUCCAAACCGUUUUUUCGCACGAUAG